CUCUCUAUUUCACAAUCACUGUAAAUCUUAAUGUCCCUAGUGAAGAAGGACAGUAUUUUGCUUCCAAUUGAACAUAAUCAAACUUCAAUGCACAAGUUAGUAAUCCCUUUUGUUCUCUUCAAUCUCGUACUCUAUUCACAAGGUCAACCAGAUUCAUGGAUAGGAAUAGACUGCGGCUCCAACAAAAGCACUGCCACUUUUGACCUCAUCUGGGACACCGAUGAGGCCUACAUCAAGUCGGGGACGAAUCAUCUCGUCCCCAACAGCACCCUCAUCAGCUUAGUCACUUUCCAGACCCUCCGCGUCUUCACUGACCAGAACAAGAACUGCUACACAUUGCCAAAAACCAGCAGCUACGGAUACUUCAUCAGAGCAACGUUUCUGUACGCAAACUACGAUGGCCAGUCUAGGCCUCCCACUUUUGAUCUCGAGAUUGAUGGGAAUAAAUGGACGACUGUUGUCACUACACCCACAGACUACACUUUCUAUGAGAUUCUGUAUUGGUCUCAAAAGCGUAACAUCAGUGUCUGUUUAGCAACAACAAACAAAGAUGAGUUCCCCUUCAUUUCCUCACUCGAAGCAUGGCCUAUUUAUUAUACUAUGUACACAGGUCUGAGCCGGGACAUGGCCUGGCUCACCACCUAUCGCUACGACUAUGGCUCUAGCAACGGUGUUUUUGGGUACGCAGGGGGAGACGAGUUCAACAGGAUAUGGGAGCCGAUCGCUGUAGCAGGUGCCGUCAACACAAGUGGCGGUAGUGUGUCCCCUUGCGAUGAAAAUGCUCCAGAAACUGCCGUUCAAGAUGCCAUAGAAUCUCAAGACAAUGCAACCUCACUCUUCCUAUCAUUCGGGCCAAUGAAGACCGCCACUCCUAUCUUCAUCGAGGCCUAUUUCACACAAAUGGGGGCUGGAUUCUCAGACACCAGAUCCUUCGAAAUGUACGUAUCUGGAAACGACAUGGGCACCAUCACCACAACCGACUACUACUGUUCUACAAAAUCAUUGUUUCUGCAGAUGGCGAGCAGCAACAUCACCAUUGAGCUGCACCCCACGCCAGAGUCCACGCUCCCGCCCAUCAUCAGCGCCAUCGAGAUAUAUACCGCCACUGAUCCCCUUAUUACAAACGGAACUAACCAAAGUGACUUGAAUGGGCUGAUGAGCUUCACCAACGCCUACUCUCGACUCAAAGGAUGGAGCGGAGAGCCGUGUCUCCCCACCGACACCGUCUGGCAAUGGUUGGGCUGCUCCGCCACUGUUCCACCCAGAGUCACUUCUUUAUAUCUUUCAGGAUACCAACUCAAUGGCGGUCUCACUAAUUUCCAACAAAUGCAAGCUCUUGUUGACAUAGAUUUGAGCAAUAAUAGUCUUAGUGGGAAAAUCCCAGAUUUCCUUGGACAACUACCAAAUUUGAGGAAACUCAACCUGUCACACAACGAUUUCUCCGGGGAGGUCCCAACCACAAUCCGCCACAACAAAAGGCUUGCAUACGAUGUAUCUGGAAACCCGAAUCUUGACCUUAAAGAUGGUGGUAGCUCGAAAACAGCCUUGAUCAUAGGCCUAGCUGUGGGCAUACCACUGCUUGUUAUAGCAGUGUUGCUUAUCGUAUUCUGGGUAAGACGAGUAAGAAAAACAGAAAAUGGGAGCACAAAUCCACAAGAACAUACUCCGCCCACUGCACCUCCAGCAGAUGAUCAACAAGACUACAUUGAUUUAAAACAAGAUGAAACAAUGGCUCCAGAUAUGAACUUGAGAUAGUGAUUGAUAAGUAUGAAAAUGGUGGAGAUCAUGCUCAUGCUCAGCUACCGUCUGAUGAUGACGACGAUUGUGUUGCCGUCCCUGGAGAUACAAGUAACGAUGAAUCCAUGGUCCCGGAUUUGGAUUUGGAUGAGCUUCAUGAGAUCAUUCAGCAAAAAAAGGAAGAGGCUGGUGCGCAGGGGAGAUAGUUCAAACACAGAUAAUGUUGUUGAUGUAAACCCAAAGUUCAAACACAGAUAAUGUUGUUGACGUAAACCCAAACUUUUAUCAUUCGCACAAGAAACUAGUUUGGACUCACUUAUGGUGGGACUGAUGGAGUA